CGGGGCGUCGGGGCGCCGGGGCGCGGGCUGGGGCUGCCGUCAGUCAGCCCAUCUGCUCCCACGCCGUGUCUGUCUGUCGCUCGGAGGGUGGACGCCGGGGUCUCGCAGGCCACAUGACUCCUCUGUGCCUCAAUUGCUCUGUCCUCCCUGGAGAUCUGUCCCCAGGUGGUGCAAGGAGCCCCAUGGUUUGCAAUGGCAGUGCGGCCAGGGGGUACUUUGACCCUGAGGACUUGAACCUGACUGACGAGGCACUGAGAUUCAAGUACCUGGGGCCCCAGCAGACAGAGCUGUUUGUGCCCAUCUGUGUGACGUACCUGCUGAUCUUUGUGGUGGGUGCUGUGGGUAACGGGCUGACCUGCCUGGUCAUCCUGCGCCACAAGGCCAUGCACACACCCACCAACUACUACCUCUUCAGCCUGGCCGUGUCGGACCUGCUGGUGCUGCUGGUGGGCCUGCCCCUGGAGCUCUAUGAGAUGUGGCACAACUACCCCUACCUGUUGGGCAUUGGUGGCUGCUAUUUCCGAACGCUGCUGUUUGAGAUGGUCUGCCUGGCUUCAGUGCUCAACGUCACUGCCCUAAGUGUGGAACGCUAUGUGGCUGUGGUACACCCGCUCAAGGCUAGGUCCAUGGUGACACGGGCCCAUGUGCGUCGAGUGCUUGGGACCGUCUGGGGUCUCGCCAUGCUCUGCUCCCUGCCCAACACCAGCCUGCACGGCAUCCAGCAGCUGCAACUACCCUGCCGGGGUCCGGUGCCUGACUCAACCAUGUGCAUGCUGGUCCGCCCACGGCCCCUCUACAGCCUGGUGGUGCAGACCACCGCGCUGCUCUUCUUCUGUCUGCCGAUGGCCAUCAUCAGUGUGCUCUACUUGCUCAUUGGGCUACGGCUGUGGCGGGAGAGGCUGCUGCUCAUCCAGGAGGCCCAGGGCAGGGGCUCCAAAGCUGCCAGGUCCAGACACACCUGCAGGCUCCAGCAGCGAGAUCGGGGCCGGAGACAAGUGACCAAGAUGCUGUUUGUCCUGGUCGUGGUGUUCGGCAUCUGCUGGGCCCCGUUCCAUGCAGACCGCGUCAUGUGGAGCCUCGUGUCACAGUGGACAGAGGGCCUGAAGCUGGCCUUCCAGUACCUGCACGUCAUCUCUGGUGUCUUCUUCUACCUCGGCUCGGCAGCCAACCCAGUGCUCUACAGCCUCAUGUCCAGCCGCUUCCGAGAGACCUUCCAGGAGACCCUGUGCCUCAGAGCCGGCUGCCACCGCCUCAGACCUCACCACAGCUCCUACAGCCUCAGCAGGGUGACCACGGGCAGCACUCUGUGUGAUGUGGGCACCCCAGGCAGCAGGGUCCACCCACUGGCUGGGAACGAUGGCCCAGAGGGGCAGCAAGAGACUGACCCACUAUGAGUGGAGCCUCAAAGUGGCUUCACCUGGAGGGGUCGGAGGGCCACGAGGAACUGGGGAGACACAUCUGCCUUCCUCUGAAGGGAUACCUUCACCUACUGUCCCCUGUUCAGCCUAGAAAUUCUGAUCGGCAGGUCAGUCCCCCGCAGAGGGAAACAGCAGGAGGAAGGAUUGAUCUCUGAUUGCUGAGGACUCAUACUGGCCAGACGCCACACUGUGUGCUUCUUAUCCCUCACUGCCACUUCCCCAGUUCAAGUCCUUCCCCUGCAGAAAUACCACAGUUAGCUGGGGCUCAGCAGUCCUCCCUCUGGGGACUCCCACCACCACUGCCAGUUUCUGAAAUGGUCCCACUGGGCCCUCGCUGUCCUUCCCAGGUCCUGUUCAGGUUCUGGCAGGGGCCUGGGGAUCCAGGAGACCUGCUUCCAAUCUCAGCCCUGCUGUCACCACCUUGUCAUGUGGCAUCAAGCAUAUCAGUCCACCUUUCUAGGCCUCAGUUCCUUGCUUGAAAAAUGAAAGAGGCACUGGCUUUACACAGUGACAUGCUUGGACACUUUAGCUGUGGUUUUCUUUCUCUGUGUUAAGUUACUGCUUGUAAUGAAACCAACAAUACUCUCAGA